AUGCGUGCGACACAAACGGUAGACGUGACGACAGCAGCGUACGAAGCUGCGUUUGCUCUACUGCGCAAGUCGACAAACUACGUCCACCAGAGCAGCAUCUCGCGCCACGUCGCGCCGCGGCUCGUCCUCGAUGGCGUCGAAGGCUGCUUGUGCUGGCCAUGGCCUCUGAGCCAAGACCAGGAGCUUGCUGCGCGAUACGCCACAAGCUGCGUCGUGCCGGCAUCCAGCGUUCGCAUCCAAAACGACGAGGCGUGGGCGGCGGUCGUCGCCACGAGUCUUGUGCCCGCUAUCCAGCAAACGCUCCGCGCGUCAACCGGCCUCGCGCUACGACCGGAGCCCAACAACGCCUUUGGGACUCUCCUGGUAACGCUGCCGUCCGCGCCCGUCGGUGGCGCCAUCACGAUUGCCUAUGGUGGCAGCACGAUGGCGCCACCGGCACUUCCAAUGGUCCAGGCAAUCGCGACCUUCCGCGACGCGACGAUCACUUCAUCGCCCCUUACGUCUGGCCGCCAGCUGGUGCUUGUGUAUGCGCUCGUUGCGCUCGAUGCGACGCUGCGGCCGCCGCCCACCCGGCACGACGUGGAUUCGGCGUUGGUCGAGUGCCUUCUGACCACAGGCCGGUACGAUGUCGCGCUCGCCGAGGUCCAAUGCACCAAGAGUGAUCACUAUGUGAUCAACACGGCCGCCGUACACCCCGCAUGCAGCGUGCCCGAAGACGUCGCCGCCUCCCUCCCCAAGAAGCUCGUCCAUGCGUUUCGUAGUCUCCAUCGGGGCAGAGCACGCAUUGAAUCUGCUGCGAUCGUGUUUUGGCUCAAGCCGUACCGCGCAAGCCUUCUCGGGCUCGAUUCGGCGCUUUGUGUCGCGCAGGACGACGUCUCGCGCCUCGACCUGAGCGCCCGCGAGCUGUGCUUUGGUCUCAUGGCAACGGUGGUCAACCACGUCGCUUUCAGAAUCAAAUUUCAAUCGCAUCAUAUACGGGCUCUGACGAGCCUCUUGGUGGCGAGCCGCGACGUUCUCCUCGCAGCCCGCUUCGUCCGCGAUGUGCUCAUCCUCGUCGAAACCGUGCUCGAAGAAGUCGACCUCGUGAGCCUUCACGCGCUCCUGGACGCGUUUGGCUGGAUAACGCUGUGCCCGGCGUUCGAGAGCUUUUGCCAGCGCUGGAUCGAGGCCCGCGGCUGCCAAGUCCUUCCAUCCUUGCUCACGAGCCUGGCCGGUCUUGUCCGUGGCGACGACGCCGUGUGUUCGCCCUUGCGGCAGCCGUUUGUGGGCGAAUUUGUCAAGCGGCCGUGCACCGACUCGAUGCAGCACUGGGUGCUUCUGGACUGGUAUCUCGACGAAGUCGCGCCGCAGCGCGCGGAUGGCUGCUGGUUUGGCGCGCGACUACCGCCCUCGCUCACGUUGGCCAUCGACAGCUACGUCUAUAUACGCCGGUUUCGCGCCGUGCUCUCGGGUGUCGACAUGUGUGCUCAUGCCGUGCUUCGAAGCCUUCCGACGGCGCUCGUGCGUAUCGUGGCGAGCCACCCGACGCUGCGACGACAGCAGUAUCUGGACAUGAUCAAUGCGGCCAUCGCCGAGAUCGGACACAUGAAGGACAACACUUUCGUCAAGAGCAACGGGUUCUUGUCGUCGGACGACCAGUGGCACACGCUGGACGCGAUGCACACGUUGGGUCGAUUCAGCACAUUGCUGCUCGAAGCGUGCCAACGCUUUGGUCGUCGCAAAGACUCUGUCCAUGCGAUCGUGCGGAUGGUGCGUCGCCCGACAGUGCCCCUCGCAGCGCCUGUCCACUUGAUUCUCGCCACGUCGCUUUUGGCCGCUGCAAAAACGCUGCUCUACACGAACGCAGACGCCGACACGUACCCACGUUGUGUUGCCGACGUCAUCGAAGGACUCUCGAUCGCAGCACCGCGCGAGGUGCGGGCGGUCGCCGACCGUUGGCUCGCAACAUUGCCCACAACGCUGCACCACGCCCGGUCGGUGCUCUGCCCGGUCAUCCUGCUCUUGUCUACGUCACAGUGCCGCGACCGAGCCAUUGUUGUGGCCAUUGCAACGCGCUGCCGGGUCAUCUUUCUCGAAAGCGGGGCGCUCGCACCGGUGCCGGCGUUGACCGAUUACGUGUUCAACGACAUGGCCGUGGCCGGCGACCACUGCGCGCAGUGUGCCGCGUUUGCAGCGUUUUUGGUCGACGGCCGCCGCACACAGUUUUUCGUGCCCGACGCCGAGCCGGACGUGGACGGGCUCACGGCGGUCGACGGCGUCAGCUACGGGACCUUUACGCUGCUCGUGUUCGAGGACAUUGCAUCGCAUGCAGCCCGACACCACAUCGUUGCAAAGCGGAGUCGCGCCACCGCACACCAAGUGGAGGUCCACGAUCGCCGUCUCAAGCAGUACGAAGACGAUAUGCAGCGUGUUGCGAUGCUCGAUGCGCUGCUCGCGACCAGUGUCGACACCAUGGAGCCAUUUCCCAAGCGCCAUCGGGUCGAGGCCUCGUAG